CAACAACUUGAAAACCUUCAAAUUUCCUGCUAGCAGUUUAGACAUUGGGCUGUUUCCUCACUGACACGUGUCUCUUCAUACGUCUCUAAUUUUACUCUCUCGGCUGAAUGUGGAUGACAUUUGAGGAAGAUGAUUGACAAUGAUAUUUAUUCUCUAUCACAGUCUUCUGAACCUCCAGCCCAGAAUGACUACAGACCACAGCAAAAAGUUUCUUCUUCCAGGUCCCGCCUCUCGUGCCAUGUGGCAAUAGCGUUGGGACUUCUGAACACCCUUCUAGUGUGUUCUCUGCUUUUUCAGUGGAUUCUGUGCCAGGGUUCCACUCCCAGUUGUCCUAGCUGCCCAGACUUCUGGGUGAGGUAUGGCAACCACUGUUACUACUUCUCAGUGGAGAAAAAUGACUGGGACUCUAGUCUGGAAUUCUGCCUAACCGAAGACUCCCACCUCCUUAUGCUUACAGGCAACCAGGAAAUGAGCCUGCUUCAGCCCUUCCUCAAAGAAGACUUUUACUGGAUUGGUCUGAGGAACAGUUCUGGCUGGAGGUGGGAAGAUGGAUCAGCCCUAAACUUUUCAAGGGUUACUUCAAACAGCUUGAUACAGAAGUGUGGUACCUUCAGCAAAAAUGGUUUCCUAGGCUCUAGCUGUGAGGCUCUUUUACAGUGGGUCUGUAAGAAGGUCAGACUUUGAUGGGUCCAAUCUGUCCUAUAGCUCCCUAAAAAGAGGGACCCAGCCUCUAGGUGCUGGGAUAGUCAUGAGUGUAUAUUUAGUGAAUGCUGAAACUCCUAGAACAUGGCAUUAGAUAUAAGAUUGAUGCGAUUUCCCUGGGACUGAUGGUUUAUUGCUGGACUCUCUUUAAGAACAGUUAGAUAUUAUCUUAACAAUUGAAAGAUCAGACCUAGGAAAAUAUGUACCUUCAUAUUUUCACCCCCCAUUCCCACUGUCUCUGUCAAAAAUGUACCUUUUUUGUGUUAAUUAUGGUCUGAACUGGUCUGAUGAAAUCCAGUUGCUAAUGUACUACAGAAUUUUGAUGUAUGUUAAUACAGGUUGACAUGUUACUUAUCCCCAAUAAUAUGUUUUUCUCCUAACUGUGACCCUUUGCAGAUACAGCUUUAUUCUAAGGAAUAAUGCCAGUAGCGAGAACAGAAGUUGUAGAAAGUGGAUAAAAACAGGGUGAUGCUUUCUGCUUCUUAGCUCUCUACCACGUAGAGACUUGGCCUUGGCCGCAUUUAACUGUUCUGGCUAUGCAUAAAUGUGGAUGAAUAAACCAAUGUAUGACCAUA